CAUAUAUUUUGUUUCUGUUCGUGCAGUUAGUGCAUAACCACUACAAUGGAUAAAUAUAUGUUAAUACUGGGUCUUACUCUCGCACAAGUUGUAAUUUCGACAUCAGAAGAUCCUCUGAUCCAACUACCUGAUGGACAAAUACAAGGUCGCCAAGAUGUAACCUCUGAAAAUAAAGCGUACUACGCUUUCGAAAAAAUACCAUAUAGCGCUCCACCCAUAGGAGAUCUACGAUUCAAAGCACCACAACCUCCUGAACCGUGGGAAGGUAUACUUAAUACUACUCAUUUAGAUAUUUCGUGCUAUAACAUGAAAAUGAUGAUGCGAGCGAUGCCGGGUGUUGAUCAGUCAGAAGAUUGCCUUUACCUUAAUGUUGCCACGCCGAAACUUCCAUCUGAGGGAGACGAAGAACUUUUACCCGUCAUGGUUUGGAUCUAUGGAGGAGCGUUCAUGGGAGGAUCUGCUACAAAUAAUCCACCCGACCUGUUCGUGAAUAACGAUGUUAUUUUAGUUUCCAUGAAUUAUAGAGUGGGACCUUUUGGUUUCCUGUCAACACAGGACGAAGUAAUACCAGGCAAUGCUGGUUUAAAACUAUUAGCUCUAAAGUGGACUAACCAAAACAUACACCUCUUCGGAGGAGAUCCUGAAAGAGUUACCAUUUUUGGACAAAGUGCAGGAGGUGGUUCUUGUGCAUAUCAAUUGUUAAAUCAGGAGUCAUCAGGUUUAUUUCAAGGUGCUAUUUUAGAAAGUGGAACUUUCCUCAGUACAGGCAUGUUCCAACGAAAUUCAAGAAAAGUAGCUUUUGGAACAGCAGCAACUUUAAACUCUACUUUUGAAUCUAGUGACGACUCUCAAGCGCUACUUGACUUUUUGCUGACGUUGGAUGCUGAAGAUUUGAAUGAAGCAGCAAAUCAGUACAAUGCAGCUUCAAGCAACUCUUGGGACGAUUUAACAGAACCAGGGCGUCCUUACGCACCUGUAAUUGAAGUUAAAAAUCCCGAUGCAGUUCUAACUCGGAAACAAUAUGGUCUUUUAAAAGCUGGUAACAUUCUGAAAGUGCCAGUUCUUAUGGGUUUUACGUCUGAAGAAAAAAUCGGACCGUAUCAAGAUCCGGAGAGUCUUGUCGAUAUUGCAGCAACGAUAGACGAAAAUCUAGAUGUUAUCGUUCCUGCCGAUAUGCAGAUUACUGAUGCGGAUAGUCUCACUGAAAUGGGACGUCUAAUCCGAGAGAUAUAUACGGGAGGAGAAACAUUCUCAAAUGACUUAGGAGGUGCUGUUAGGUACGGCAGCGAUACCUUUCUCAGUAGAGCAAUGAUUAAACAUGAGGAGAUUUUUUCUCAGUUUGCCGAAACAUAUUUUUAUCAAUUUUCAUAUGAUGGAAGUUUUGCUCAUAGUGAAUCUCCUUAUGAAGAUGCUGGCAAUGUGGGGCAUGGUUCAGAACUAAGUUAUAUAUUCUGCAGUGGUACUAGUUGUACAGAUAACAGUUAUCCAGAAGAGGAUUUGUUGGCACGUCAGAGACUGAUUACCUUGUGGACUAAUUUUGCUAAGUACCAACAUCCAACUCCAGAGCCACUAGAACUGUUGCAAAAUGUUACUUGGCCUGCUGUUUCUACUGAGAAUGGAAAUUUCUUUUAUCUGGACAUUGGGGAAAAUCUUGUUGUCGAGGAUCAUCCGAAGGGAAAUGCUUUUGCUAUGUGGGUUGCGCUAUAUGACAGUUUAGGUUAUGAUGAUUUUGACACGUACUAGUAUAUGUGGUAAUGAAAUUAGAUACAGAAUUAUAAAAAUGUU